AUGAAGCUCCAGUUUUGGCCCUACCCAACUGAUCCAGCUGGGUCAAUGUAAGGUCAGCCACUCACUUUAUUAGUAUAAUGUAAGGAUUUUGGGCCUUUUUCUUAUCCAUACUGUAUACCGCUAUGUGGGUGGUAUUUAGACCCACCAUACUCAUUCUGUUUGACCUUUGCCAGAUGAACAUGUAAAUCUAUUCAACAGACGUCUUAUUUAUGUUGUGUAAAUAUACCCAGCACAUUUUAAAAUCAUGUUGUGUAAAUUGAACAUUACACUAAAUGUGAAAAGCAAGGUCCUGCAAGUGGUCUAAAUUGUUAAAUGCAUUUGAAGGAAAUCAUGUAGUUUUUUGUUCUCUCAGUCUAUCUGAAUGUGUGAGAGAGCUGAGAAGUCAAAAGGGAUUUGUGGGCGCGGAAAUAGAAUCACAUAAAGUGUUGAACCUUAAUCCUUGAAGCUGAAAUAACUUCCUGACUCUGAAUAGCUGUCAGUUUGAUAAAAGAUGGAAAAAGCAACAGCUACACACACACAAACACACACACACACACACACACACACACAAACACACACACACACACACACACAUGCAAAUCUGGCGGUUUGCGGAGGUCUUUAAUGUGCACAGGAUGUGGAGACCUCAUGCUUAGAACAAAGCGGACUGUCUGGUUGAGUCUACAUCAAACCUUAUAGCUUAAAGCCCAUUCUGGCUCGGCCGUUUCAAAUGUGAGAAUCACACAGAUUGGGAGGCAAAGGUUUCACAGAGGAAAUGCAGUCGAGGUAUGGGGGAGGCCCCAGGGUUUAGGAUUCUUCUAAGAAGGAUCAUAAAGGUGACAGGCUCCUUUACAGAGCUGAUCAAAGAUACAAGACCAAAUGAUCAGAUUCUGUGAAGAAUUCUUUCAAGAAGAAUUCUUCUUCAUUCCCCACUUGAGUUUUGACAACGCUGUUGGCCUUCAAAUGACUUCAGGAACUUCUGUCACCACGGCUGUUCUUCAUCUGUUCCAACCCCCCCCCCCCCCCCUCCACCAACUACAAACUUGUGCAGAGCAACGCAUGUGCUACAAAAAGGUCAUGUUUUGUCAGAUAGCGAACGGACAAGAAAAUACAUCCUUGCCUAAACAACCUACAGUACUUUGAAGUUGUUCUCUUUUUUUCACAGGGACAUCUAUUACAACGACACACAGCUUUUUGGUUCACAAAGAACCGUUGAUUCCAUUGUGGAUGACAUCUCCUGCAUGCUCAAGGUUCCACGAAGAAGACUCCAUGUUGUGCGUAUAUACAGCGUGUGGGUCUAUUAGUGUACAAUUUCAGUUAACUCAUGCCAGAUGAGGUAACAAUGACCUGCUAUUUAAUAAAACCAUACUACAACAUUUGGAAAUACCUUUUGAUAUAAGAUGUUAUGAUUAGUUCAGCACCAACAGAUAAAAGCGCUCAGCUAGUUUCAUAUUUUGAGCUUUUUUUCUGCCUACAGGAAGCACCUGUGUAUGCGUUUUCCAUGAUUCCCGUGAUCAAAGAGCAAUUAAAUUAAACUUGACUCAAAAGCAUUGGUGUGUGUGUGUGUGUGUGUGUGUGUGUGUGUGUGUGUGUGUGUGUGUGUGUGUGUGUGUGUGUGUGUGUGUGUGUGUGUGUGUGUGUGGCCAGCUAGCCGCAUCCAAGAGCUUAAUCUCAGGUGAUCUGUGUUACCUGGAGGAGGACAGCACCAGGGUGGACUGUCAAUCCAGCUCCACCAUACGUCCCACUAACACUCUAACUACGUUCCCCCAACAUCGUAGCGUCAUCACAGUAUGGUCAAAUGCAUGUUGAAUAUGCAUAUAAUGUUAGAUAUUUAUUAUGCAGAAUCAUCAUCCACCAUCUAUGUCUGCAACACUGAACUUCUCCCAUUUCAAUGACAUAACAGAGAUCCGUAGUCUCAGCCAAACCUAUUACAUCCCGUGUUCACCUCUCUGGCCACAAUCUCCAAGUUCAACCCAUGUACUAAUCACUUGGUUUUACAGAAUCAUUAUUCAGAAAACAAACAACCUCAAGCUAUUUACUUCUAUUCUGUCUACUGUUUGUGUUGCAUAAAUCAACUGGUAACCAAACAGCCAGAUUGAUAUCUCAUUAUCAGUUGUUAGCUUGAAAGCUAACAUCAUCUUGCUAUGUUGAAAAUUGUGUUUCUCUUAUUGCGUUUCUGAAUUGUUUUCUCAGGCUACUCCAGUUUCUUCUAAUGUUAGCGGAAUGAAGAGUAUCCUUUAUAAUUAUGUUAGAACUCAUAUUUCAUCAAUAUUGUAAAGCGUUUGUGAGACAUCCUUCCUCUCAGAACUAUCCCUGUAACUCCUCCAACUUUUAUCUAUUGGUGAGGAAGAGUCCAUCAGUCAAGUUUUUAGUUCACCUUGACCCGUUCUCCAGACAUUGUGUCACCUGCUAAGUUUGUUUUGAUAGUGAAGAAGGACGCCACCUUCCAGACACGGCUAGACGAUGACUUUUGCACCAAGCUAUCUCUUUGCAUCAUGAUCACAGUAUGUCCAACAGAUUAACUCAUGGUUUCUCUGUUCUCAUGGUUGCUUUAAACUGAAUGUGUUAAUCAUAUGACCUAUUCUGAAUCUGUUAUGUGUGUGUGUCAGGUUAAAGGUGUCCCAGAUGUGAACAGCAGGAUGAUG